AUGAGGGGCGUGGAAGGAGAUGGAAAUGCUCCUUUGAAAAGAAGCAGCCUUCCAAAGGCAACCUUGUGGAGGUAUAAGAAAGCAGGGAUUUUGGACACUUCUUCCCAAGAAAUCCGAUGUGGGAAUUGUCAUGACAAUUCUAUAAGCGGAACCACAAUCCACAGUUCUCCUUCACCAGACCAGUUGGAUAUGAACCCUGCUAUGGGGAGUGAUGAUGAAGCAUGCAACAUUUCCCAUUCAAAGGGUGAAUCAGUAGACUAUUCUGCACCUGUGGAAGAGUUUUUCUUACAAGAUUUUAACUUUGAAGAAGAAGCUCAGGGAGAUGAGCCCUUGAGAAAUGAUGAUGAAAUUCAUAGGCCAUUAUAUGAUGGAGCCUGCAUAAGUCUUGGGCAGGCAAUUGUACUCAUCAUGUCAUACACUCUAAUGAAUGGUGUAUCAAUGAGUGGACUGGAUUGUUUGCUGCAACUCAUGCAAGCACUGCUUCCUGUGGUUGAGUGGACCAAUGGGAGACAGCUUUCCAUUGUAGGGGGGCAACACCUCAAGAAUGCAAAAAUGCUGUUUUCUAAAGAAGAAGGAGAUAUAGAAUGGGCGAAUUUGGAUGCAUGCCCUCCACCUGAUGGUUGGGAAGUACACAGGGGUCAGGUGUUGAAUUUCAGCACCAACAGGCAGGAAUUAGAAAAGACAUUGGGAGAGAUUGCUCUCACAAGGUCUAAGGAAACAAAGAGAGAGAAGCAGAAGAGAACCAAGGAGAAGAGGGACCAGACCAUGAAAAAAAUGGCUGGGAAACUUAUUCAAGAAGAUGAAGAGCAGGGAAAGCAAACAAAAGAGACAUUGCUCACUAUGGACAUUAUGGCCAAAGUUCAGAACCUUGAAGAUAAUUUGAAUCAAGUCCAAGGAAAGCUGGAUGGGGUAAUUCAGUCCCAAAAUCAAAUUUUUGCUAUGCUCAGGGAUCUCAACAGGCAGAACUCUGGCCUGGGAGAUCAAACUCAUAGUUUUCAUCAACUUGUGGAAACAAUGAAGAGUAUAGAAGACCGGUUAUCAUCUCUUAGUGGGAGCUACAAGUCAGGAUCAUCAUCAUCCUCUGCAUCCGUCUCUUCGCUGAAUAUGUUGCCCCUUGAUAAUGUAUAUGCUGCUGUGGAUUCAGAGUACACCCCAAUUCUCAGAGGUGAGGUACCCCCCUUCAGCAGUGAGGCAGAGGCUUCCAAUUUCCCUCCUCCUGAACAAACUACAUAUGGAGUAAGGGCAACAAGUCGACAAAGUCCAUUGAGGAGAAGAGGGGAACCAAAUACCACCAGUGUUGAUGAUGAAAUUCAAAGCAUCCUGACCAGUGUUAAAAAGUUCCGAGACUGGAAGAAGGUUUGCGAAAUUCUUACGGAGAAGCUGUUUGGGAAUGAAGUUUUGGCAAGGAGCAAUGUAUCUGGGAUACAAGGAUGCAUGAAGCUCAAUGAUGAAAAGCUUGAAGUCUUGAAAGGAUACUUGACAGAGACCUUCAAGGUUUCUGAUUCAACAGUCCAAGAAAAGAUCCGACAGCGAUGCGCAUACCUUCGGCGAAAGGUGAAGGAUAUGUAA